CACAAAGUGCCGUCUCCUUGGCUGCACCCCGCAGUGGGUCCGCCCGACGCGCGGGAGACAGCUCCGGGUCGGAGGACGCGUCGCGCGCGGCUGGCGCUCCGUCUCGGUGGGCGCCGGCGCGGCGCGAUGGGGCACGCAGCCGCAGGGCCUUCGACCGCCUGCGGUUUACCGUUUUACAGGCCGCGAGCGUGCGCACAGGGGCGCACGGCAUCGAUGCGGGGCGUGAUCCUCGGGGUCCGCGGUUCGCCCCUCGGUGCGCGGUGUGCCAGAGCCGGGCACGCUGCAGCGUUCUCGCGGCGGUAUAAGUACUGCUCCUCCUUCGUGCGCGGGAUGGGCGCAUCGCGAACGCAUAUCACCAACGCCAAUCGUGUUUUACCGCUUCCCGUUCGCCGUCGGUCCGAUACUGUGCUAUGAGCGCCGCCAAGAUCGUCGUGCGGAAGAUGAGCAAUCCGUCAGAAGAGGAAGUCGAGAGGGCGGUGCAGGUGCUCGCAAACGCAUUCAAAGACGAUGUCGGGAUCGAGUCCUUCAGCGGCGGGUCCGCGCGCAUUGCGCGGGACAUCUACCGCAGGUCGAUACGGGGCUGCUUAGCUCGCGGCGAGGUCUACCUCGGCCUCGUCAACGACGAGCUGCACGGCGUGGCCCUCUUGAUUGCGCCCGGCGCAGACUGGGCAUUCUACGACCAGGAAGACUUCACGAGGGACCUCUCGACGUACCUGUACGAGUGGUACACCUACCACUAUAUGCCGACAUACGACGAACUCUACCGGAACGCGUUGCCCAGCGGACAGCGUGGGCGACGCGACGCAUGGAACCUAAAGCUCCUCGCCGUCGACCCUGAGUUCCAGCGGCGGGGUAUCGGGCGGGCGUUGCUAGGCUCGAUAUGCAAGCAGGCAGACGCUGGCGCGACGUGCGUCACUGCGGACGUGAAGAGCCCGAACCUUGUGCAGUGGUUCAGACAGUCGGGCUUUGCCCACCGCGCUGUGAAAAACUUCACCUCCAAGGACUCGGUCGGCUUUCCGCUGUGGUGCAUGGUCCGUGAACCUGUCCGCCAGGCGGAGUAACGGCACGCCCGCGACCGCAACUGCAACCGCCUCCCUCCGCCCCGUGCUUCUAGGCUACCGGCUAGCCUUGCACACCUACCACCCAUACCCACGUCCGCAGUUCCGAUUGCACCCCGCACGUCCUAGCCAAGCAGACACGACCGACCUACUACUCCCGGACAGUAUUGCUAUACGCACCACAGCGCACAACGUCGAAUGUACCACCAUCGUGUAGUUUGUAUGAACGUCACGCCCGCAUCUUACAACCCGCCC